AUGGGGUCACUUAUCCCGUUCAGGCACCGCAAGGUCCUGGCCUUGUUCAGCAAGACCAGACACCACAAGAUAAUCGCUUCUUUCGUGUACUGGCCAUUUCUCCGGCGCGGCGAUCAAUUACACAGGUCAAGGCUGUUAUCGAGCUCCUUGAAGCCUUUCGUGACCCCAUUCAAACGCAUCAAUCACUCUACCAGGACGGGAAAAUUCUGCACAGAGACGGUUCCGAAGAUAAUCUCACUAUUACCGAUGCGGAGCAUGUUUGCUCAUCGGACAUGGUCAUCACCCUAA